AUGCCCGCGACCCCUCGGCCGGGGACCCCCGGCCGCCCGCCGUCCGCGCCCGCUGAGGAAGACAGGACGGCCGCCCAUGUGAGCAUGGCUGUGACUUUGGAAGAAGCGCCGUGGCUGGGCUGGAUCGUGGUGAAAGCCCUGGUGAGGUUUGCCUUCAUGGUCGCCAACAACCUGGUUGCUAUUUCAUCCUACGUCUGCUAUGUGAUCGUACUUCAGCCCCUGCGACUGCUGGACAGUAAGCGGUUCUGGUAUAUUGAAGGAAUCAUGUAUAAAUGGCUUUUAGGAAUGGUGGCUUCUUGGGGAUGGUAUGCUGGAUACACAGUGAUGGAAUGGGGGGACGAUAUUAAAGCAGUUUCAAAAGAUGAAGCAGUAAUGUUGGUGAAUCAUCAGGCAACAGGAGAUGUGUGCACUCUGAUGAUGUGCCUCCAAGACAAAGGACUGGUUGUUGCACAAAUGAUGUGGUUGAUGGAUCAUAUUUUUAAGUACACAAACUUUGGAAUUGUUUCUCUAAUUCAUGGAGACUUCUUUAUAAGACAGGGAAAAUCUCAUCGUGACCAGCAGCUGCUGCUUCUUAAAAAGCACCUAGAAAAUAAUUACAGGAGCAGAGAUCGAAAAUGGAUUGUUUUGUUUCCAGAAGGGGGCUUCCUCAGGAAGAGACGAGAAACAAGUCAAGCGUAUGCCAAGAAAAAUAACUUGCCAUUUCUUACACAUGUCACUCUGCCAAGGAUUGGGGCAACAAACAUUAUCUUGAGUGCACUUGUAGCACGACAGGAAAAUGGAAGUCCAGCAGGAGGAGAUGCUAAAGAAUUAGAGAGCAAAUCAAAAGGUCUCCAGUGGAUAAUAGAUACAACUAUAGCUUAUCCCAAAGCUGAACCCAUAGAUAUUCAAACCUGGAUCCUUGGGUACAGGAAACCAACAGUCACACAUGUACAUUACAGGAUCUUUCCAAUUAAAGAUGUACCCCUGGAGACCGAUGACCUUGCUGAUUGGCUCUAUCAACGUUUUAUUGAAAAAGAGGAACUCUUAUCACAUUUUUAUGAAACAGGGGCUUUUCCACCUCCCAAGGGGCGUAAGGAAGCUGUUUCCAGGGAGAUGACCCUCAGCAAUAUGUGGAUAUUUCUCAUACAGUCUUUUGCAUUCUUGUCAGGCUAUAUGUGGUAUAACAUCAUCCAGUAUUUUUACCAUUGCCUAUUUUAGGAAUUGACUUGGACUUAUCAAGGUCACCAUAGGAGUUCAGACUUUCAUAAGUGUGCAUUAUUUUACAUGUGCAAAUCUCAGAAUAUAUAUAAAAAAAAAGCAAAGGAAAUUCAAUGGAUGGAUUGAUAUUUAUCCCCCUUUGGGAUAUUUUAAAAACUCUACUAAAAUGAGGAUCAGUAAUAUAAUGACCUGCUAAUCUGUUUUAAGGACUUUCACAUUUUAAAAAGAUACACUCUACCAUACAUCUAAGCAGACAUCACAUUCGGAGAAGAGGAAAUCAUAAAAAUCAUCCUAGAAGACUAUCUGAGAGAAACUCUGUUGUCACCAGAUACACGUGAUAAUCUAGUUCAAACUCGGAAAGUUGUAUUUGUUCCUCUUAGCUAGUAGUCUCUUUAGGGCAGAACUGUGUAGAGCGAGCGCCCUCCUUUCACCAGUGCUUGCUGUGUCACUAGGAGCCUCUAGAAGAGCUAGCUGGUCCACACCCUCCAGAACUGUUCCCCUGGGCUUCACAGUGACACUCCAGUGUCAGUCAUGCUCGGGGGGUGGGAAACAGUGUCCCCUGGACACAUUGCGGUACUAGAAUGUGUUCCUAAAAAAGGCUAGCUCGGUCCCAACAUUGUGUUUACAUGCGCUAGUGCUUUCCCUUAUGUGAGGGGUGUCACUUGAUUUCUUUUUUGUGUAGAGGCAUAUCAUAGAUUGAUAAUUAUCUUACAAAAUGCACUUUUGUCAGAUGCAUAUAUAGCAAAGGAUUAGUAAUAUAAACCUGAAAACAAACGUAAGCAUAAUCAGUGAGUGGGAUUCUUGAGAGGCUGUCUUGUCUCUGCGUUGGUACCAGGGCGCUGAUGCUCUGCAGCGGCCCCCCCUGCACUGAGCGCCACACUGACGUGAGGCUUCUAUCUACGUGAGGCUUCCUGCCACCCCCACCCUGUUUUGGCUUAUUAGCGCCAAAUGUAUUGGGGGGUGACUGAAACAAAUUACUGUAAAACAUUUAAAUGACCGGUUUGAAGUGAAAUAGGGGUUUUAUUAGAAAAAUGAGAGAGCCAGACGUGGGCUUCAAAUGGUGAACAGUUCUCACCUGGCACCCCCAAACCUGUAUUCCGUCAUCACAUCAAGUUGCUGCCCAUGCCAGGGUGGUGCAACCAGGAGACAGACCAGCACAAAAACCUUCCCAGUCUCUUCCAAGUGCUUUUUAAAAAGAAGAUAAAGUCAAGUUUCUAUUUCUAGAGACCAUCCAUUUUUUUUCCACUAUGUUCACGUGAUUUACCUCACAGUAGAAGCAGGCUCUUCUCAGAAAGUGCUGGGGCCGCGUCCAUCCCUCACCUGCACUCCUCGUGCUGAGACAGAGGUGGAGUUUGGGUUUGGAUGGUAAGACUAUAAAGAUCCUACUAAGUCAGUGGCAGUUUUCUGUGAGAUGAGUGUUGUAGAUUCCCCUGUUGUCACUAAUCUUACAAAUGGCAAUUUUGAGAAGUAGGCCAGAAACUAAUAAUGGUAAAGGCGAAUGUUUUCUAUUUUUAAAUAAACCAAAAACAACAACAACAACAACAAAACUGAAAAGAUGUGAAUUUUCUCCCAGUUAUGUGGAAACGGUAAAGCAACACCAAAUAAAAGCCCACAGCAGCUUCAGCUUUAGGUUAAUUCCGUGCAUAUAUGAAAAAGGAUAAUGUGUUAAUGAAAUACCUCAUUGCAUAUUAUGCUACUACUGGUAAAAUGCAGAGGACAGUGUUAAUGUGUAUGCUUUGGUAGGGGUUGUUAUAAGAUGCAAUUUUUUUUUUAAGUCAAAGCAUUUUAUUGUGUGUUUUACAGGGAUAGUGAGUAGGUGAAACCGAUCUUGAUUAAGAGGCAUAGAUGAUGAUAGGAAGCCAAAGAGAAGCUUAACGAUGCUUCUGUUUGAGGUCCAGCAAACACUGCUGGAUUACAGGAUGAAUUGAAAUUGUUCAUUUGAGAGAUUAGUCAGCCAUCUGGGGGAUAAGUUGCUCACUGUCAAGUAUGGCAUGCACAGUCCUAGCCAUAGAGAAUUUCCUGAUUGCUAAAGCAAGUCACAGGUAGGAGUGGCCAGUUCUCCUAUCAAAAAAGAGAGAGAGAGAGAGAGAGAUGCAUACAUGUAUACAUAAAUGUGGUUCAGGGCCACUUGCCAUCGCUGUGCUCCAAAGGAACAUGAUGUUGUUAAUAUACUGUACACAUUAAACCAACUAUUCUGUAAGACGCUUUACUUUUCAAAUGCAGAGUCAUUUCAACAGUCUAUAGAGUGACAAAUACCAAUAGAUAUAUGAGUCAAUUUUUGAAAAUAGACCUGUGAGUUGUAAAUAGAUGUGUCACUGAUCUGCCUAUCCUUCUCCGAUUGUUUAUCAACAUGUUCUCUCUUUUCUGUUGCAAAUACAUUUGAGAGCAUCGAUGGUGCUCUCCUUACCAAUUACUGGAGUGCUGCUGCUUGCCCUAGGGCGUGUAGAGAGAGAAGCAGUGUUCUUCUAUGGCAGAUCAGGGAAGCAGCUGUGUGCCACCGUACGGGACUGCGUAAAAAUUCCUAGUUUGUACUUUCUUUGCAAAGUGAGAUGAAAGGAGAUUUAGAGAAUAUACAUUUCUUAAAACUGUGCCAGUUUUGUACCAGAAGCGUGAGAAUCUCAGCAGUUGUUGGUCUCAGCUGAUCUGCCUGGAUUCCCACAGCAGAGAAGGGUGAUGGAGCACCGACUCCACCAGAGGCCAAGGGCAGGUGCAUUGAAUACAGAAGGGACCACACUGGCAGUUCACCCUUAACUUCAGAAACUGUUAUUGGUGUUGAAAUAUACAGAUAGGACGGAGAAACCUAUACACCAGUGGAAGGUAAAGAAAAAUUACAGAAUGCAAAAUGAUAUUUUGGGUGGGCAAACAAGUUAAUGGAGAGUAUAAGUAGAUUUUUUAAAAAGAUAGCUCUGAAUUCAGAUCUGUCGUAUUUAAUAUUGCAAUCAACCAUUAAUUUUCCACAGUAAAGGAACUAGGGAUUAUCGGGUAAUAUAUCCAGUAAUAAGUCAUAGUUAGCCAAAAAUCUAAUGUGUAUUUAUUAUGAGUUUGAGGGUUUUUUUUCCCAUCAAAUUUUUUUGUUCUUCUAGCGAUGUUGGCUGAUUUUAAAACAAUGAUUUCAACUGUUUAUUUAUAGGUCCUCUUAUGUACUUAUGACUGUAUUAAUGAGUAGUGAAAAGAUUUAGGAAGACACGACUUCAGAAAGAGGGAACACAAAAGCCUAAAUAUAAUCCAUGAGCUAGAAAAGAAAUCCCUGAAUAAUCAAGAGUUGGCAGUAUUGUAGUUAUACUCAAGCCUUUAAUGAAAAUGAGAUGUGAAAUCACCUAAUACAAACCUCACAACAUCGCUUUCAUGUUAAUAUCAUGUGGAUUACUGUUAAGAAUGCCUCUUCAUUCUUUGUUCAUGUUACUCACUUCUUGUGGAUUUGUCUUUAGUGACGUUUUGACAAUCACUUCCCUAAAGACUCUUCUGAACUAGCGGGACCUGGUUAUAAUCAUAGAUAGUUGUCUUUAAUCAUGGACAGUCUUAUUGGAUUCUUUUUAUAUUUAAGGAAAUUUUAUUUGCACUGCCGAAUAGGAAGAGUUAGUUAUUUUCUUCAUUACACAGGACUUCACUCCAGAGUUACCAUCACGAGCAGGUCCGCUCUGGUCCACAGGGAUGAAUAAAAAUGGUUAGUCUUAUUUUUUGCUACAUAGUGAUGUGAACCUUACGACUGUUAACGUGAAAGGUCAAGUUGAAAGCAGCGCUGGGCAGCAGGUAUACUGGUUCUAUUCUAUGAGGGGAUGGAGACUAAUAUGUUUGGGACCAAAACCACCGACACUGAACGUUUCUAGAUCACAAAGGGGCCGAGUGUUCUCUGGAGCAGUCGCUGGAUGGUGCUUUAUUGCAAUCAUUUUGCAUUGAUCCUCAACAAUUAGGAACUGGACCCUGGGAAUCCGCUGAGGGUGCUGAACUGCUGGGGAGGGUGACUAGCCAUGUGGAAGAUAAAAUAGGGGUUUUUCCACAAAAAUCUCCAUUUGAGGAUUUUUACAGUUAAUAUUUUUUAAAACAAUUGAAAGAGCAAAAAAUUUUUAAGUGUAUUCUAGUUGCAAAGUACGCACACAUAUUUUGAAUGGCUUUAUUUUUAUUGUGUAAAACUGUCAAACAUACAAGACUGAUGCCCAAGUUCUACAUGUGAGGGGUCUGCAUUUUACAGUAACUUCUCUCUUGACUGGGUGAUGAAACAGGUACACAUGGACCUGCCAUUGUUACAUUAAGUGCUUUCAUUUUCUUUACAGUUAUUACAAAGUUGUAUUUAUUUUAUACAGAUGGGUUUCAGUUUUCUGGAUGCCAUAUGUUUACUUCAGCUGUCGACCUGUUUUUCUUUCUUUGUUAUCUGCAUGUUGUAAUGUAUGCUCAGAAUGAAUGUAAAGGCUGUGUCAACUGUAAUUAAUUUUUGUAAAGGGCUGGUCACACGUGGAUCUGGUUUAGGAAUGCAUAUGGGAUUAUUUUAGUAACCAGAUCACCUUUUCAGAAAUUUAGAUGUGAACACCAAAAGAAGCGUUUUCUCAACAACAACAACAACAACAACAACAACAAAAUGAAUAGCUGGUUCUAUUUUUUUUUAACCUAGAAAAAAUAAAGUUGAUUUUUUUCAAGUAAAGUGCUUUUACUUCUUAGUGGUGGGGAUGGGGUGUUUGUGUGUUUCUGGAGAUAUUUUGGCAUGAGCUUCUGUGGACAUGUACUCAGAGCACACCAUGGCGGUUGGAUGCUGAGGGCAAACAGAAAAACCAAAUGAAAAAACACUGUGCUUCCUUCUUUGGUUUCUCUUUCCUCUGCUCCUUCCCCAUUCUCCCCCAUGGUAUGGUGGAGAUACUGGUAUACUGGUUGUAUACUGGUAAAUGUUCCAACAGUCUGCUCUCCUGGAAAAAAAAAAUUACGUGUGCAAAUGUACAUAACUUUGCUAUAAAUUUUCCUGAUAGGAAGGAUAUAUAACACAAUUAAUAGAUAAUAAUAAAAUAUAUUAUAAAUUCCAUGUGACCAACUGAUUCUCCCAGGGUGCUUUAAUUGACUUUGCUGAACUCUUGUAGCCAAUCUAUGAUUUGAAAGAUGAAAUAACAGACUAAUUCCCGUGUUUCUCCAGUUUAUUUAUUGACCCUCAAUCUAAUAACAUGAUCUUUGGCUAAACUGUUUCUUAUCCUUGUACAAAUUAUACUCAUUAAAGGGAACCACUUUUAGCUUUGGCACUAAUGAUAAGCUUAUGUAAUUUUAAUAACAGCUGUUUAACAACUGCUGGCAAAAUUCUAAAAUUUAACAGUUGGCCCUAGGGUCAGGAGCCAGCCGGAGCUCUCUCCAGCAUACCACUGCCCCGUCUUUUCUGUUUACCUGUUAGUACUGAAUAAAUUUCUCACAGUUAAGCUACUCACUGCUCUCAGGAAAUUCCUAUCACUGACCCUUUCGGGGGCUUUAAAAGGUUGGGAAGGCAUUAACAUCGGAGCUUGCUUUUCAUUUGAAGAAUCUGACGAAAGCAAACUUCUCCCGAAGUGCAUGGGAAGCUUGCCUAUUUCUAAAGCCAAUUCUACGCUUUCAGGUCUCAAAGCUAAGUAGAUUGUAGACCUCUCUAAGAUUUUGUUGUGAGCAUGUAAAACAUUAAUUGUUUAGGCCAUUGUUUGUAGAAUAUGUUUGAUCCCAGUGAAAAAAAUUUAAAUGUAUUAAAAUAUCUUACACAAUCUACCAAAUAAGUUAAAACGUUACGGUUCAGUCUACCUCUUCUAUGUGGAUUCAGGUUGCUGACUUGAGUUGAGGUUAUCAUUGUUUCCCCCUAGAAUUGUUUCUGUCGAAGACGAAGAGCAAACCCCGGGGGCAGAAGACUGAAAACACUGAAGCACUCAGAGAUCUAUUGCUGACCAGCCCUAUUUCUCAUGAGUUGGGGGAAAAAAAGCCAUUGUUUUAAAUUUCCACUUAAUAUGAAAAUGUUUGUUUUUAAAAUGUUUCUUCCUGCUGGAAAAAAAAAUGUAUUUUUAAAAGGAAAAAAAAUCCUCUUUUGGCUAUAAGAAAAAGUCAGCUGUAUGAGCAGGUGUGACCAUAUCAUAACAUGCUGAUAUAUAAAUCAAUAAAUUUUUACCUCUCA